AAGUUGAUACACAGAGAGAUCGAGCGGCAUAGACGGCAAGAAAUGGCUGCACUCUACGCCUCCCUUCGAUCCCUACUACCCCUCGAAUACAUUAAGGGAAAGCGGGCAACAUCUGAUCACCUAAACGAGGCCGUGAAGUACGUGAAGCAUAUGGAGAAGAACAUUCAAGAGCUGCGUGUGCGGAGAGACGAGCUGCGGAAGCAGUACAAUGCUUUGGGGGUUCUCGGCUCGGAGAAUGGUCAGGAGAGUGUGGGUUGCUCAUCGAAGUGUGAGAUUAGUGUGUCAAGAUGUUGUUUCGGUGUGGAGAUAGUAAUCUGCAGCAGUGGGUAUGGAGAAAAAGGGUUCCCCUUGUCAAGAGUGCUGGAGAUUCUGCUUCAAGAAGGCCACAAUGUUGUGAGCUGUUUCUCUAGCAAAGAAAAUGAAAGGUUCCUUCACAAUAUCAAAUCUCAGGUUGAAAAUGCAACAGCCGUUGAUAUUCCUGGGCUGCAGCAGAAGCUCAAGGACGCCACGAUUCGGUCGUCGUCAUAGCAUAAUUUCUAGUAGCAAUUUAUGCAUAAUGCACUUCCUUACCAGACUGACUUUUGAUUUGGGCACCGCGAACUUCAUUAGGCGACGUCAUGGGUCACAGGGAGUGGCCGAAAUCUCGUCCUUCAUUUGCAGGUUUCUUUUUUUUUUCUUCGAAAACUCUAGUUAAUUUUGUUUUGAAGGAUAGAGUGUUAAUUUAUUGAAGAAAGAGGAACAUGCAAGAAUGAAUUAUUUUACCGGAAGAGCAGAUAAGAGGACUGCUAUGGCAGAAUUAACUGGCAUUGCCCUUUUACGAAGCUAAUGAGGUGAGUUGAAUGUGAAAAAUCUUAACUUGAACACUAUUUCUAGGGAAUGAAUAAACCAAGUUUCUGCUUAA